UCAGCAGGAAGCAAGGGAGGAAAGUGACAAAGAGCGACAGAAAAAAAAGGGAACUCCAGAGAAAGAGAGGAAGAACUUGCAGAGUGGGCCACAGGCCGGACAAAGAGCUGUCUGCCUUUCUUCCAGCGGGAUAAUGGCUUCUGUAAAGAGGACAGGCACCCUGCACCUCCUUCUUUUAGGACUWCUUCUACCUCCAGUAUUAGUGGCGGGACAAACAGAGACCUCCACCACUCCAYCUUCCACAGCGAUGGACACCAGCAAUACAGCGACCACCAUGACUCAUUCCACUGUCUCCGUCACUAAUGGAGGUAUUGUAACAACCACCCCCACCCAGUCUCUCACAUCCACCUCCGGAGGCUCAGACUCAAGCACCUCCCAGUCUCACACAUCCCCCUCUGAACGGAUGACAUCCAGCAGCACGCUCUCUGCCACAAGCACCUCCGGAGGCUCAUCGCCCCACACCGCCCUCACAAGCAUCCCUGAAGGUUCAAGCACGAUGAGUUCAUCUCCCACCACAAGUUCAAGUCUCUCAGCAUCAACAAUGACCUCAUAUGGUAUGGGCGUAACAUCAAAUGCUACUUCAAUGAACAUGACACAUCUGCGUUGCCCUUCGUUCUUGUGCUCCUACUCUGAAUGCUACUUGAUGUACACCAGUACGAACGCCUCGAUGUGUGCUAACGCAAGUUAUUGUCAGCUGAUGAGGAGCGAGGGCAUGUUGUACAAGGCCAGCUGCAGUGCCUCCUGUGCAGAAAGCUGCAACAGCACUUCUCAGGUCAACUGCUCCGUGAGCUGCUGCAACUCCACCGGAUGCCUCAAUGGCACUUUUGCAUCCAUGAUGGCGACAACUACAAUGGCCACAACRACAAAAAGCACAGCCCAGUCAACCUCCACGACCUCAACAACCGCAAACAAGGGAAACAAAUGCCUAAAGGGUACAUGCAGUGGGGACAAGUGCUACACAUCGUUUAACGUGCUCGAAACAUGCUCCUCCACACAGCCACACUGCCAGCUAAAACAGAGUACCACUGCAACAUGGACUGCAGGUUGUGCCAACUGCACAAGUGAGACSGCUUGCAGCCCCUCCACACAAACCUCGUGUGUUCAGGAGUGCUGCACCGCCACCAYGGCAUCCUCCUGCCUGUUCUUGAACGGCACGUCGAAUAUUUUUGGCUACUCUUCUGCCACCAGAGGCCCUCAUUUCCAGACCAGUUUGAUUGUUUUCUUGCUUUGCCUGCUUUCUGUCACACUGCUGAUGUGAGAGGAAGAGCAUGCAUCUGCUCAGCUGCUGUGUUGGUCRUUAUUCCUGCCAGAAGCCUUAUGGCACUCCAGAAAUGAAGCUAUUGUAAGAGAUCAACACAUUUCUGCACUUGUAUAUUGCUGAUUUUCGUUUAUGAUUGCAUUCAAGAAUUACAUUAUUGAUUAUUUUACUUUCUGUUCAAGACCCAAUUAUCUUUGAUCAAUGAGGAUUAAAAGAAAUAUCAGUUAAGAAAAACGAGACUGAAGCAACUAAUUUCAUCAGUUCCCAUCCAGGAUUUGAAUCUCAUUGUUAAAUAAAAACAUAAAAUAAAUAUAUUUUUUACUUGUAUAUUUGCUAGGACUCCUGUAAAGUGUUUUUGACAAUGAUCAUCCCUUUAUUUAGUCACUGAUUGGGAUUUUAAAAUGAAAUCAAUGCAGCUUUACUUCUAUUUGCACUUUAUGUAACACAAAUGCUGAGCUGUWACAGGAAGUUACGUUUAAGUCUUGUUUUUAGUUGUAACCUUUACACAACCUGCAAUGCACUACUCUCAAAUGCAUUUUAUCUUGUAUUUUUUUGUGCUUUGUGAACUGGAUGUCUACUGUGUGGUUUUUAAAGUUAUAUUUUAUGGUAUAGUAGGGUGAUGUAAAUCUUAAAUGAAAUCAGAAACACGUCAUGUUAAUCUAGAUCCGUGUACAGUAAACAAAAAAUAGACAGAUUAUUCCUUCAAAUGAAAUAAAUUUCUAUAUCUCUCGUGA